AUUUCAGUGGAGUGUCGCACGAAAGCGAAUGACAAGGUCGAAUGUUAAACCACCCCUGCCGUACGCUUUCCUGCGACGUGCCACGUGGUAGUCAAAGUGUUAAAAAAUAUCGUACAUUACUUAGUCGCAUCUCUCAACUUUUUGUUAAUGGAGUUACCCGUUUUGGCAAGUGAAGCACUCAUAUAUAAGACAAUAUUUACUUUUAACUUUAUAGAGUAGGCUACUAUUGAGUCGAAUUAAUACUUGUCGUAUGCGAGGUAUUGCGUGCCAAACGCCGAUAUACGCGCAGAAAUAAUAUUUUUCAUAAUUUUCUUUCUAACUAGAGGUUAUAUACAUGCCUGGGUUGAACCGUACACCGAUCGUAGUAGAUUUGCUCUUUAGAAUUCUGCGCUAAUUUGCUUAACAUGAAAUUUGCCUUUAAAAUAAAAUAAGGAAAUGAUGUUACUUAAAUCUUUGCUCUUGCUACGUAAGAGUUAAAGAGGUUCUAUAAAUUGUUUAUGGAUCUCCGCAAGGGUUAAGCUUUUGCAAUAAAAGCAAAAUAUCACAAACUGUAUACACAAAUGAUGCCUAAAAUUGUCAAAUGAUUAAUAAGCCUUCUUUCCAACUAUACACUUCCUUUCAGAGUGAAGUUAUCUAUGAAAUUGGAAGCUAAAAUUCAAUAUCAGUUCAAAUAUUUUCUGACGUAUCCACAUACAAACGGUGUUUGUUCUGUAUUGAGGUGUAAUUGGUAACAACACACAAUUCACCCGCCAGUUACUGUUCACGAUUGCUAACAAAAUAACGUGUUUGCGCGUUUCUCAUACGAAAAAAAUUAGCACAGUUAUAACCUCGUUAGUCAUCGACACCUACAUACAUAAGUAUUUAUUAUCAACGAACGAACCUAUUAGAAAAAUAAUAAUAUUUUUAGUGCUUCACUCAAACACUGAGGACAACAGUGCCUUUUAGAAGAAAUUAUAUAACUUAGUGAGUGAGCUAAUUGUCGAAAACAAAACAAAAUCAGUCAAGAUGUGCGGCGCUUUGUGGGAGUGUAUCAAAUGUCCAGGAAAGGUUGUGUGUUGCUGCUGCAAAUGCGCCCUGAAUAUGUUUCUCGGCGUUUUUUGUUCGGUCAUUGUGUUAGCUGUUAUUAUCGGCCUGAUCGUUUACUUCACUGUGUACUACCACAAGGAUAGUUCCAGUAACAAUCAAGAAAAGCUAGUACGACAAGUGAUCACUGCUGCCCCGCUAACAUUUAAGGAGUACUUCCAGCAACAAAAUUAAAUACACACAUAUAUAUCUAAUACUUAGACUAACACGGAGUUGAGGCAUUUUCAAUUAUUUACUUAGGUUAAGCAAUGAGUAUUAUUGUGUUAUAAUUAUUUAUGUGGUUGAUUUUUAUUUUUUUUUUUUUAAUACUGGUUUUAUAGUUCUAAUGACAAGAUUUAACUAUUUUUAAUGUUAUUUAAUAUAAGUGAAUUUUGUGUUAUUUGCAACCACAAUUAAAAUUGUAUUAUAGUAUAUGCCGGUGAUACUGCAAAACGUUCUAUGUCACUUAUUACCUUUGGUGCUUAAUUGAACUUUUAUCUGUAUCUGAUCGCUUUUGGCAAUCGUUCAUCUUCAUCAGCCAAAGGUAUAUAGUUUUGUCAUUCGUUUAUUAGGGUGUAACGAUUUUCAGAUGCAUUCCGGUACAAGUAAGAGACCAUCUAAGUGUCAAGGGUACUAAGAGACAUAGAACGUUUUGCAGUAUCACCGACGAUAUGUACAUACAUAAUGUACAUGGCGUUGUGUAAUUCGAAAUUCGUGGAAAGAAAGUAAAUAAAAAUUUUAUUUUGCAGUAUUAAAAAAACGUCAACUAGUCUUAUCUCAAAAUAAUUAUUACUCAAAGGCAUUAAGACUUAAAAAUGUUAUUUAUGGCGUUUAGCGAUAACCGAUUUCAUAUCAAUAUUUAAUUCUCUAUAUUCAUAUAAAGGCCAAAAUUAUUGCUUUUGAAUAAUUAUAUUGGCGUAUGAAUGCGUCGUGGCACAUUAACAAUGUCGUGAAACUUAUAAAUUUAUUAUGUAUAUAUGUCUACAUACAAAUGUUUUUACAUACAUAUGUGCGAAAGUAUCUAUUUUACCUACAGGUUUGGAAUCACGACUGCGACUAUGACUUGUAGGGGAAUUCAAGGAUACCGAACUGAUUCUAAUGAAUUUAAAGCUAUUGCUACUUUUUUGUAUUUGACCGCUUUGUGAGUCCGCCAAACAUGAGGAAUUUCGAGUGCUUUUGAGUACGCAUUUCCUGAGUUAUAUUUUAUGAGUGUUUGAAUUAUUCAAUUGUUCACAGAGUUUUUAAAGAAAGGUCCCCCACAGACACCUGCAUACAUACAUGUGGACGUACAUAUGUAUGUCGUGAGAAAAAAUGAAUCAUAUAAGUAUUUAUGUAAAUAUUGACUUUGCAGAAAAAAAGCCAAAAAAACGAUAGACAAAUUGAUGUGUUUGAUUGUUUAAAUUAGUUAGAUAUGUAAUUUCUUUGAGCAAGAAAAGGAACGGUUUUACUUAUCUUAUUUUUUCAAGUGUGAUGAUGUUUAAAAACUUACGAUACACAUGCAUUUGAAAAAAAACCAAAUGUAUGUAGUACCCAU